AUGGCGAGGAAGCUUGGUGUGUUGGAAAUCUUUCUGUUCAUCUGCUUCCUAACUGUAUUGGCCGCAGAUAUCUUCUUGCUGUUUCUGGUGCUUGAGGAUACUUCAGGUACUCCAUUUAGUCCACAGUGCACUGAGAUCCCUGAAUCACAUAGGAUAGACUGUGCGCCUGGCGAGAUGGUGUCAAAGGAAACCUGCAGGGAUAGAUAUGAGUGCUGCUGGAAGCCUGUGUCAGACACUAAUGUCCCCAGGUGCUUCUUCCCCAGGAACUGGGGCUAUGAAGUCAAUGGAAGCCUUAAAUAUGAAAACACAGGGUUAACUGCUGGCUUGAAAAAGUUGUCAAACCCAUCUCGGUUUGGAAAUGAUGUCUCUAAUGCCCACUUCACAGCUGAGUAUCAGACACCCAGGCGUCUUCGUUUUAAGAUCACUGAAACCAAUAACACACGCUAUGAAGUCUCCCAUGAGCAUGUUAAGCUGUUUAAUAUGACUGCUGGUUCCACCAACCGGAGCUAUUACAUCGAGGUCAUAGAGAAACCCUUUGGCAUCAAAAUAAGGAGGAUGAGCAACAAAAAAGUCUUGUUGGACACGAGCAUUGGGCCUCUCCUGUUCGCCAAUCAGUACCUGCAGCUGUCCUUCCUGCUGCCCAGCGCCAACGUGUAUGGGCUGGGAGAACACGUGCACCAGCAGUACCGCCACGACAUGGGCUGGAAGACCUGGCCCAUCUUCACCCGGGAUGCCACCCCCACCAAGGGCAUGAUUAACUUGUAUGGAGCUCACACAUUCUUCUUGUGCCUUGAAGACACCAGUGGCUCCUCUUUUGGGGUCUUUCUGAUGAACAGUAAUGCUAUGGAGGUCACCCUUCAGCCGGCUCCUGCAAUCACUUACCGCACCAUCGGGGGCAUUUUUGACUUUUACGUGUUCCUGGGAGACACUCCAGAACAAGUGGUUCAGGAAUACCUGGAGCUCGUUGGACGGCCAUUCCUGCCUUCCUACUGGAAUCUUGGUUUCCAGCUUAGUCGCAGGAAUUAUAAUAACAUCGAGGGAUUGAAAGAGGUUGUAGACCGAACUCGUAAAGCUAGGAUCCCAUAUGAUGUUCAGUACUCGGACAUAGACUACAUGGAUGGAAAGAAGGACUUCACUAUUGAUGAAAAGGCUUUCCCUGGUCUCUCAGAUUUUGCCAAGAACUUACACGAACAUGGACAGAAAUAUGUAAUUAUUAUGAAUCCUGGCAUCUUACAUGAUUCUGAAUACCAGCCCUAUAAGAAUGGAAGAAAAAAGAGAGUAUGGAUCUUGGGGAAUAAAGGCUUUGUCACUGGACAGGGAUAUCCCGGAAAGAUAGUCUUUCCUGCUUAUGAUAAUCCAACCUGUACUCAAUGGUGGACAGAAGAGCUUCAAGAAUUUCAUAAAACUUUGGAGUUUGAUGGAGUGUGGCUUGAAAUGGAGGAAGUAUCUGUUCUCCAAGGUUCUGAUCAUGGGUGUGAAGAUAACAACUGGAACUACCCUCCUUUCACUCCCCGAGUUCUGGACCGCUCGCUUUUUGCAGGAACCCUCUGCAUGGACGCCGAGGUUUACCAGGAGCUUCACUAUAAUGUCCACAGCCUGUAUGGCUACUCCAUGGCAAGAGCCACAGACUCGGCCUUGAAUACUGUCUUCCCCAAAAAGAGGAACUUCAUCUUGUCCCGUUCUACUUUUGCUGGGUCUGGCAAGUUUGCAGCUCAUUGGUUAGGGGACAAUGCAGCUACAUGGGAUGAUCUUCGAUGGUCCAUCCCUAGUAUCCUUGAGUUCAACCUAUUUGGCAUCCCCAUGGUCGGUGCCAAUAUCUGUGGUUAUAAAAAUAAUACCACAGAGGAGCUCUGCAGAAGAUGGAUGCAGCUUGGAGCAUUUUAUCCACUAUCCAGGAAUCACAAUGGGCCUGGGUUCAGGGACCAGGACCCUGCUGCUUUUGGUGAAGACUCUCAGCUGUUGAGUUCCUCCAGGCAUUAUCUGAACAUCCGCUACACCCUGCUGCCUUAUCUCUACACCCUCUUCUACCGAGCUCAUACCCUGGGGGAAACUGUAGCGAGGCCCCUGGUCCAUGAGUUCUACCAGGACAAUGCUACAUGGGAUGUGCAUGAGCAGUUCUUAUGGGGACCUGGACUCCUCAUCACGCCUGUGUUAUAUGAAGGUGUGGACCGGGUGAAAGCAUACAUACCAGAUGCCAUCUGGUACGACUAUGAGACAGGAACAGCCAUUCAAUGGAGGAAACAAUUGGUGGAGAUGCUACUGCCCCCUGAUAGGAUAGGACUUCACCUUCGAGGGGGCUACAUAUUUCCCAUCCAGCAGCCAAACACAACCACAGAGGCCAGUCGGAAGAACUCCCUGGGACUCAUUAUUGCCUUGGACUACAAGAGAGAAGCAAAGGGAGAGCUGUACUGGGAUGAUGGUGUAUCUGCAGAUGCUGUAAUGGAUAAGAAUUAUACUCUGUAUGAGUUUUCUGUCACCUCGAACCAUCUACAAGCAAAGAUUACAAAUAAUUAUAUGGAUCCUGACAACCUCACAUUUACAGAUAUCAUAAUCUUGGGAAUGGACAAAGAACCUACUAAUUUUGUCCUUAAUGAUAUUGCCAUUUUAAACGUUAGCUACAAUGCGUCAACGAAGGUGGUGAAAAUCACUCAUCUCGAGGGACUGGUACUGGGACAAGAAUUCUCCAUGAGGUGGACUCUUUUGGUCAGUGACAAAGAGAAGUUCAACUGCUACCCUGAGGAGCCCACUGCCUCUGAGGAGAAGUGCAAGCAGCGGGGGUGCCUUUGGGAGAACACAGUUGUUCCUGGUGUGCCCACCUGUUUCUAUGACACCAUCCCUAAGUAUGCUCCCAGUAAUAUUCAGUAUUCGCCCACUGGCAUCACCACAGACCUUACCCAUCUGACAGCCCCGGAGUCAGCUCGAGCAGCAGCACCAUCACCACGGAGCACGCGACAUACACCUGCAGCAGCAGCCACCACCUCUCCCGCUCUUUCUGCAGAGAUCACCUCCCUUAGGAUCAGCGUGAUCUACCACACAGAAAGCAUGCUGCAGUUCAAGAUCUAUGAUCCCACUAAUAAAAGGUACGAGGUCCCAGUGCCUCUGAAAAUCCCUUCCUCUCCUGUUGGCUCACCUGAAAACCGUCUGUAUGAUGUCAGGAUUCAAAACAAUCCUUUCGGGAUCCAGAUUCAACGGAAAAGCUCCAGCACUGUGAUUUGGGAUUCUCAGCUCCCGGGCUUUACCUUCAACGACAUGUUCCUUUCCAUUUCUACUCGCCUCCCCUCUGAGAACAUCUAUGGCUUCGGGGAAACUGAGCACACAACUUUCAGAAGAAACAUUAGCUGGAACACAUGGGGAAUAUUUUCUCGAGAUGAGCCACCAGGGUACAAGAAGAAUUCCUACGGUGUCCACCCCUACUACAUGGGACUGGAGGAGGAUGGCAAUGCCCAUGGAGUGCUUCUGCUAAACAGUAAUGCCAUGGAUGUGACAUUUCAGCCUACUCCUGCCCUGACAUAUCGCACCACAGGAGGGAUUUUGGACUUUUAUGUAGUUUUGGGGCCAACUCCCGAGCUUGUAACCCAGCAAUACACUGAGUUGAUUGGUCAGCCAGCAAUGAUUUCAUACUGGGCCUUGGGAUUCCAGCUGAGUCGCUAUGGAUACCAGAAUGAUACUGAAAUCUCCAAUUUGUAUGAUGAAAUGGUGGAAGCCCAGAUUCCCUAUGAUGUUCAGCAUGUAGACAUCGAUUACAUGGACCAGAAGCUGGACUUUACCCUCAGCACCAGCUUUCAAAACCUUAGUCUGCUGAUGGAGCGAAUGAAGAAAAAUGGCACAAGAUUUGUCCUUGUUCUGAAUCCAGGCAUUUCUCGCAAUGAGACCAAGUAUCUCCCAUUCACCACAGGGCAGGAAAAGAAUGUAUUCAUCAAAUGGCCUAACAGCAGUGACAUUGUCUGGGGAGAGGUAAGGAUUGGGAGGAGAUACCCAGUGUGAGAGUCUGUGUUACUCUUCCAGCUGUACAAAGCCCACAUCGCUUAUCCUGACUUCCUGCGUAACAGCACAGCUACUUGGUGGAAGGAGGAAAUAAAAAAGCUCUACACAAGCCCAAAGAGCUUGAAGUUCGAUGGACUGUGGAUCGAUAAGAAUGAGCCAUCAAACUUUGUGGAUGGAUCUGUCAGUGGCUGCCGUGAUGAAAUUCUUAAUAAGCCACCAUAUAUGCCAUAUUUGGAGUCUAGGGACAGGGGUCUCAGCAGCAAGACCCUGUGCAUGGAGAGCGAGCAGAUCCUGCCCGACGGCUCCCGGGUGCGGCACUACGAUGUGCACAGCCUGUACGGGUGGUCCCAGACCAGACCCACAUAUGAAGCUGUGCAGGAGGUGACGCAUCAGCGAGGGGUUGUCAUUACCCGCUCCACGUUCCCUUCUUCUGGCCGCUGGGCAGGACACUGGCUGGGAGACAACACAGCUGCAUGGGACCAGCUGAGGAAGUCUAUCAUUGGCAUGAUGGAGUUCAGUCUCUUUGGAAUACCUUAUACAGGAGCAAAUAUCUGUGGAUUCUUGGGAAAUGCUGAAUAUGAGAUGUGUCUUCGCUGGAUGCAACUGGGGGCGUUUUAUCCAUUUUCCAGGAACCACAACACCAUCGGGACAAGGAGACAAGAUCCUGUGGCCUGGAAUUCAACCUUUCAGACGUACUCAAGAAAAGUCCUCCAGACCAGAUACACCCUGCUGCCUUACCUCUAUACUCUGAUGCACAAAGCUCACGUUGAGGGCAGCACUGUUGUCCGCCCUCUCCUCCAUGAGUUUAGAGAAGAUAGGACAACGUGGGAUAUAGACCGUCAGUUCAUGCUGGGCCCUGCCGUCUUAAUCAGCCCCGUGCUGACAAGUAAUACUUUUGAGGUCCAUGCUUAUUUCCCCAGAGCCCGUUGGUAUGACUAUAGCAUGGAAUCUGGCAAUACAUCGACAGGUGAGUGGAGAAUCCUGAAGGCUCCCCUUGACCACAUCAACCUUCAUAUCAGAGGAGGCUACAUCUUGCCUUGGCAGGAGGCUGCAAUGAACACUCACUCCAGUCGACAACUAUUUAUGGGAUUGAUUGUUGCUUUGGAUGACAAUGGGAAAGCUGAAGGCCAGAUGUUCUGGGAUGAUGGACAAAGCAUUGAUACCUAUGAAAAAGGAAACUAUUUUUUGGCAAACUUUACAGCAAGUCAGAACAUAUUGCAAAUCCAGACCAUGCACAAUAACUAUUUGAAUGAUUCAAAUCAACUGAAAGUUGGAUAUAUUAAAAUCUGGGGGAUCCAUUCUACUUAUGUGACACAAGUCAAUGUCACCUAUAACAACAAGCAAUUCACGACAACGAAUUUCAUGAGUGACCCCUACAAUCAGACACUAACUAUUCAACUGACUGACAAGAUUUUCAGGCUGGAAAAGUUAACUGAGGUCACUUGGAGUCACGAUGUUCCCGACAUUACUACUACACCUAUGACGAGUACCUUCUCAUCAACAUCUCCAGUUCCUACAUCUACUAUUAUUGCUACCAUUUCUGAGUCUAUUGUCACUAGUUUUGCUUCAAGUAAUACUACCACUGCUAGCACUGGUACUGCCUUUCCUAUCACAACCACUAAUACAACUACUCCUUUCCCUACAAAUACUACCACUGCUAGCACUGGUACUGCCUUUCCUAUCACAAACACUAAUACAACUACUCCUUUCCCUACAAAUACUACCACUGCUAGCACUGGUACUGCCUUUCCUAUCAUAACCCCUAAUACAACUACUCCUUUCCCUACAAAUACUACCACUGCUAGCACUGGUACUGCCUUUCCUAUCAUAACCCCUAAUACAACUACUCCUUUCCCUACAAAUACUACCACUGCUAGCACUGGUACUGCCUUUCCUAUCACAACCACUAAUACAACUACUCCUUUCCCUACAAAUACUACCACUGCUAGCACUGGUACUGCCUUUCCUAUCACAAACACUAAUACAACUACUCCUUUCCCUACAAAUACUACCACUGCUAGCACUGGUACUGCCUUUCCUAUCAUAACCCCUAAUACAACUACUCCUUUCCCUACAAAUACUACCAGUGCUAGCAGUGGUACUGCCUUUCCUAUCAUAACCCCUAAUACAACUACUCCUUUCCCUACAAAUACUACCACUGCUAGCACUGGUACUGCCUUUCCUAUCACAACCACUAAUACAACUACUCCUUUCCCUACAAAUACUACCACUGCUAGCACUGGUACUGCCUUUCCUAUCACAACCACUAAUACAACUAUUCCUUUCCCUACAAAUACUACCACUGCUAGCACUGGUACUGCCUUUCCUAUCAUAACCCCUAAUACAACUACUCCUUUCCCUACAAAUACUACCACUGCUAGCACUGGUACUGCCUUUCCUAUCAUAACCCCUAAUACAACUACUCCUUUCCCUACAAAUACUACCACUGCUAGCACUGGUACUGCCUUUCCUAUCAUAACCCCUAAUACAACUACUCCUUUCCCUACAAAUACUACCACUGCUAGCACUGGUACUGCCUUUCCUAUCCCAACCACUAAUACAACUAUUCCUUUCCCUACAAAUACUACCACUGCUAGCACUGGUACUGCCUUUCCUAUCAUAACCCCUAAUACAACUACUCCUUUCCCUACAAAUACUACUACUUUCACCACUGGUACUACUGGUCUUAUUACCACUGCUCUUUCCCCAACAGAUAUCAAUGUUACUAGCACUAAUAAUACGCUUCCGAUUACAACUAUUCCUUUUCUUACAAAUACUGAGACUGAUACUACUAGCAUGGAUUCAGUUACUACAAAUGUUUUAAAUACUACCACUGCUAGAAACACAAAAACAACUACAGCUAUCACAACAGUUACUUUAAUAACAAAUGCUACUUCUGAACAAACUACUACUGUGAUCAUGUCAACUCUACCUCCUACAGGCACCCUUGGUAUCACCACCACAGAUAAUGCACUGACCAGAAUCAGUACCACUACUUAUCCUCCAAAUACCCCUACCCAUGCUUUAAGUACCACAUCCAGGAGCACUCAAAGCACCACCAAUACAAAUAUUACCAGUAUGACAACUGGUGUUACUGACAUUAUAAAUACUCCCACUAGAAACAGCUCAGCUACUAUUGCUCAAGACAUUGCCACUUCCUCACAUAUGAACAUUACAGAUAUUAAAUCUACUACUAAAGUCACAGUGUAUACUCCCACUAUCACUACAUCUGUUUUCAGCACAAAAACUACAAAUUCAAACACUACUUCUGACACCAUCUUUACAAACACUUACAUUCCAAGUACCACAGCUAUUCCCACCACCAAUACUUUAAAGAUUACAGAGCAUUCAGAAAAUAUUGCUGAUGCAGAUAACUCCAGGAGUGUUUUUAUUCCAAAUACUACAGUAGCCUCAGAUUCAUUAACACCUUUUCUAGAUACAGCAACUCACCAUCAUGUAACAACAAAUUCUACAACUGGUUUUUUACCUCUUAUUGUAACUAAUGCUACCACAGCUAUUACAAAUGUUACCAUUUAUGUUUCAAAUACUAUUAUUCCUGAUAGAACACCAAUGGAUGUUGCAAACACCACAAAUACUACUGUAGUUCCCUGA